UAUAAAGCUUGGAGCAAGAGUGUGAUAAGUUAAAGGGAAGAGAGACAAGAAAACAAGAGCAGACAUGGAGUGGAAUGGAAGCACAAGACGUUAUGUUCCUCGACCAGACUCUUCCUUCGGCUUCCUUUACAACUACAACUACACACCAUACCCAGGAAUUGAAGUGAAGCAACAAAAUAUAGCAGAGUCAAGUUCGUCCAUGGAAAAAAUGAACUGCGGGAACCAGGACAAGAAGAAGAGAUUAACGACUGACCAGUUGGACUCGUUGGAGAGUAGUUUUCAGAAGGAGAUAAAGCUAGACCCUGAUAGGAAGAUGAAGCUUUCCAAAGAGUUAGGGCUUCAACCUCGCCAAAUUGCUGUUUGGUUCCAAAAUAGGCGUGCAAGGUGGAAGAACAAGCAACUCGAACACUUGUACGAUUCACUUAAACAGGAAUUUGAUGUCAUAUCCAAGGAGAAACAGAAGCUAGAGGAAGAGGUAAUGAAGUUGAAGGGUAUGCUGAGAGAGCAAGCUUCUAGAACACAAGUGUCAACAGGUUACACAGAAAUCUCUGGAGAAGAAACAGUAGAAAGCACGUCAGAGGCUCUGCGUUGCUCCAAACGGAGAACACUGCAGCAGCAGCAGCAGCAUCAUCAUCAUCAUCAGAAUAUUGGAGAAGGAAACUGUUCUUUCACUUUGGAAGAUUACAACACAGUUCCAGUACUACCCUACUGGCCUGGGGUCCCUUACUAUCCCUAAUGAAUAAUAUUUUGUGUUUCAAAUAAUAAUAUUGCGAGUGAUGAGUUUAGUUAAUUAACUUAAUUUAUUGGUAACGUAAUGUGUGUGUAGUUAAGGUGAUGGAAAACCCUUUUUCCGUAGGAACUGACAUUAGAGAUCAAAUCAAAGCGAUCGAGCAGAGAGACCUGCAUGUUGUUGGUUGGUACGAUAAUUAUGACAUUAAAAUAGCUGUUCCUGCAGACAUAACUUUAUUAGUCCAUUCCAAGAUGCAUGAAAAUCGUUAAUUGUUACGUACUGUUAUUUUAUAUAUAUGAUCCUUGUUUAUCGCUAAAA